GCCAUCAGACGGGCUGUUAGCCACGCUGUGUGUGGGCGCUGUCUGUUGGGAGAGGCUCCAGGCUUUGAGUUCGGAUUCAUCCUCGCACAAUCCCCGUGGCCCCCCCUCCUCUGGUUUGGGACAGCACCUGGCGCCUGGGACAACAGGCAGCCACCGAGCGAGCCGGGCAUCAUGUCUCCUCUCCGUGCUCUUCUGUUCUCCCUGCUGUUCAUCGCCGUCUCGCAGGCCCAGGACGGCGCAGUGCAGGGCACAACAGCGGGCUCCAGGAUGCUGCAGCCCUGGCUGGUGGGGCUGACGGCCGUCGUGGUCUUCCUCUUCAUCGUCGUCGUGCUGAUGAUCAUCAACAGAGUCUGGCGCUCCAAGAAGCGCAGGAACGAGGAGAACUCGCUGGGAGAACCUGCCCAAUCCAGCAGGACGGUCUCAAACACCUACAACAACCUAGCGCUGGAGGAGGACGGUGAGAAGGAGCAGAACGAGAAGAAGGAGAAUAAAAUUACCUCCCUGUGAGGAGUCUGCGAUCCCGGCGGGGUGGGAGACCACAGAAUUGCUGCCACCGCCAUCACGGUGCCCCGCUGUGCCGCCCGACACACAAAUCAGCUCACUGCUUCCCUAUGCCCAACUCUGACCAGCCCCUCCCUGGCCCAGCAUGGGAGGCCUCCUCUGUGUGCUGCUGUGCAGGGCCCAGGGGUGCAGCGGGAACAGAGGUCCCCUCACUGCCCUGUGCAGGACAAGCCCCCUCUCCCCUUCCCUGGAGGGGAUUCUCCCCAAAGCCCCCUGGCAGCACCGCA